AUGGAUAAACACCAACAUUUAAGCCAAACGUUUUUAUGCCAUGAAAAAUAUGAUCAUAGAAGUUUAGGAGCAGCUGUUCUUAUUCAGAAAUGGUAUCGCCGUUACCAAGCACGUUUGGAAGUCAAAAGAAGAUGCGCCUGGAUGAUUUAUCAGACAUUGGAGUAUGCAGGUGAACAAAAUCAUGCAAAGCUGUAUGAUUUAUUCCAUGAUCUUAUAUCACAUGCAUCCAAUGGCGAAACAAUGGACACAGAUAAUAAUAAUGCCGAUAAUCCACAUAAUCCAGACAUUGAUGAACCAUUAGACUUAAACAUUUGGAAUGGGGAUUGGUUAACGCCAAUACCAUCAAAUUAUCAAGGAAUAAAAUUGUAUUUCCCUUUAGACAUGCAACAAGUUGCUAUGAUGAUGGAAUCAUUUGUUCAUGGACAGCGACUUCAUGCAAAGUAUGUAUUUCAAAUUUUGUGCGAAUCCAGACAAUGUAUUAUGUCACGUCCAAAUAUUCAAAUGGCAUCAACAUCGAUAUCUCGACACAUUACAGUUGUUGGUGAUCUACAUGGACAAUAUAGUGAUCUUCAAAUUAUUUUUUAUAAAAAUGGUAUGCCAGAUGUAACAAAUCCUUAUGUAUUCAAUGGGGAUUUUGUUGAUAGAGGUAGAAAAUCGAUAGAAACAUUAUUAACUAUCUUGUGCCUAAUGUUGAUUCGACCAACUUCAGUAUUUGUAAAUAGAGGCAACCAUGAAGAUCUUUAUGUAAACUGUCAAUAUGGAUUUAUAAAAGAAAUUCAAAAGAAGUACAAAUCUUCAGCUUCUAUGUUAGUGAAAUGUUUUGCCGAAUUUUAUCGUUAUCUUCCGGUGGCUACAUUAGUGGAUGAUAAAAUAUUUAUCUGUCAUGGUGGUAUAUCGGAUGAAACUGAUUUGAACACUUUAGGAAAUUUAAACAGAUUCUCAUACCUUACACUAUUAAAACCAGUGGACCAACUAAUCUCAAACGGUGAUAGUAAAAAGCAGUAUCAAGACUUACUAUGGAGUGAUCCACAAACACAAUCAGGAUUAUUAAUGAAUGAACGACGUGGUUUAGGUUGUUCAUUUGGUCCUGAUAUUACAAAAUGUUUUUUAAAUAAACAUAAUUUAAGCCUACUUAUUCGUUCACAUGAAUGUAAACCUGAAGGAUUUGAAUGGUCACAUAAUAAACAGUUAUUAACUAUAUUCUCAGCAUCAAAUUAUUAUACAGAUGGUUCAAAUCGUGGUGCAAUUGCUAGAAUUUCUGUUGAUGGUUCUAUACAAAUCAUACAAUAUGUAACUGGUGGACAGAAAAAAUUCACAACACUAAGACAAAAAGUAAGUUGGGCUGAAGAGUCUGCAUUAACUGAUUUAAAAAACAAAAUAUCCGCUUAUUCCACAGAAUUGAAAAAAGAAUUUCAAUUACUUGAUCCUACAAAUACUGGUAAAAUUUCUAAAUUGGAUUGGUGUAAAACAAUGGAAAAAGUGUUAGAUUUAAAAUUACCCUGGAGUACACUUCAACCACGUUUAGUGGUUACAUCUAAAUUAACCAAUCAAGUGGAAUAUUUAACAACAUUUAAUAAACUUACUACAUAUGAUACUCCAUCAAAGGUGCCACCUUCAGUCACUGAAGAAAUGUAUAAAUUCCGUGAUGUACUUGAAGGAAUAUUUCGUGCAAUGGAUAAAGAUAAUUCAGGUCGAAUCUCAUUGAAUGAAUUUAAACAAGCUUGUUUAUGUUUACCCAAAUGGACAAAAAUAGAUGAACAAAUAGUAAUGGAUAUGGCACGUUCUAUUGAUAUCAACAAAGAUGGUUUAAUUGACUUCAAUGAAUUUCUGGAAACAUUUCGACUGGUUGAAUCCGAUCAUGAUCAUUAUGAAUCGCUAACUGAUCAACAAAUGGAUGAAUAAAAUUACAGAAUCUUUACUAAACAUUUUUCUAGAAAAUAAAUUGUAUGGGAAAUUAACUAUCUAGGAAGAUUCGUGCAAAUAUUUUUAUCUUUUAUCCAACGAAAUGGUGGUGUGGUUCUGCAGAUGCUUACCUUUCAACUAAAGAGGAUUAUUUGAAAAUCUCCUAUUCCCCAAUUAAAGCAUAAAAGGUGGAAUACUACGAUUUGGCAAGCAAAUAUAAAUCUGUACAUGAAUUAAUUAUCUCAUGGAACUUGGCAAUUAUCCAUUUACAAACAAUGACAAAUCAUCCAUUGUUUCAAUUCUCUUUACAUUUGCUCAUUAGUAUUUUCGCUUAAUCUAAAUGAGUGAGAGCUUUCAAUACUUCGAAAUUUAUUUUUCAGCGCUUUUCUUAGUUCGGGUACAGUCAACCACGCCCAGUUGGAAAAAAAGUCACUGUAACCUCGCCUAUCUUUUUUCUUCUUCGUCUUCUCCUUAUGGAUUUUUUUUAUUGUGUACUGUUUUUUAACAGUGUACUUUCUUAUCAAGAGAGUUCAUGUCAUAGAAAGUGUAUCGAUUUCUUUCAAAAC